AUGAGGUUUGCCGGUGUGCUGGACAUCUUUGGCUUCGAGGCCUUCAAGCUGAAUUCCUUGGAGCAACUGUUCAUAAACUACUGCAACGAGCGCUUGCACCAGUUCUUCAUAGAAGCCGCCUUCAAGCGGGAGCAGGCCAUGUGCAGUGAGGAAGGCAUCACCAUCGCGAUCAAGUUUCAGGACAACGCGCACAUCUUGGCCACGAUCGACUCGCAGGAUGCAAAGCUGGGGCUUGGCGUUUUGCCGUUGCUGGAGGAGCAGUGCGGCUUGCAGUCCGGCAGCAACGAGGCCUUCACGCAGUCCUGCCACCGGAGGUUCGGGAAGAGCCCGGUGAAGUGCUACGUGGAGCCCAAGAUGGCCGCCAGAGAGCACUUUGAGAUCCUGCACUCCUGCUGUCCUGUGCGUUACUGCACAGCGCACUUCCGGGAGAAGAACAUGGAUGUGAUGCCGUCGGAGGUCUUGCAGGCGCCAUCGAAACGAACUUGA